AUGGACCGGUCUGUGGAAGUUGACGUGAAAACCGCGGAUGCGACAGACUCUGUUGUUGUGAGCUCGUUUUUCAACGGCGUGGAGAUCCCGGCGUCGGCCUCGUUCGACCUGUUCCGCCACAAGGACUCGUACCUGGUGCACGGCGAGACAGACACCUUGCAGUACGACGGACAAACGGUGGCAGACGACCAGCAGUACUUUAUCGGGGUGUACGACCCGGCAAAAAAAACCGUCGAGCUGGUGAAGGCGCCGCUCGUGGCGUCGCGCAUCACGUCGAAACGGAAACUCAGCAUCCCGCGCAUCAAACAGCAGGACGUCCAGCGCAACAUCCAAAGAAACGCAUUGGGCGAGGCCUUUGGAACGAAAAAGGCCAAGAAGGCCAUUCUGGACAUGGAGAAGAACAGAAUCGACUCGUCGAAGCUGGAAACAAAACAAUCAGACAUCGUCGACUCGAUCAAGAUCAACACCUCCAAACUGCCAACCAGCGCACAGAUGCAGGACGAUCUGAACGAGACCAGGGUGAUUCCGCAGUUCGAUGUGGAAGCCACCUCUGUGGACGAUAUCUACCCGCUGGAAAACAUCAUUUCCGCCAAGGAACUCGCCAGUAUCCGUGUCGAGAGUCUGCAGAACGACCAAACAGAGCCAAAGGACAAACUGGACCUGCUACCAUACUCCAACUCGCGCUACUUGCUACGUAAGCUAGCGGCCAUCUCCAAAGACACCCCGGACCGCAAACUCAAGCUGCAGAUCGUGUACUACGUGUCGUUGCUGAUGGGUCUGUACGCGAACCGCCGGAUCCACUCCAAAGACCAGCUGAUCGAGUCGCUCAACCAGCCGCCCGUGGUGCUUGUGGACCUGGUGCUGAAAAAUUUCACCAUUUUGCGCAAAAACAACAGAAACUACCUGAUCGACCCGCGUUGCGAGGACAAGAUCCUGUGCUACUUGUUGGCGCUGAUUCUGAAGCUGGACGAGUACCAGGUGGAGAUCUCGCCGCUGGCACAGGAACUGUCGCUGAAACCGUCCAGAUUGGCUGCGUUGUUCCGGUCGUUGGGCUGUGUUUUAAAGAACGCUACCGCAGCACAGUGCGAGAAACUGGGCGUUCCAAAGGCCAUUGCCGCCAACUACAAGAUCGCCUCGCUCAAGGUGCCGUUCAAAGCACCAGAACAGGCCAGACGCGGCGGCGGGCCUCGAAGAUAG